UGUUAUGAUUAGGGGAGUGGUGGGAGCAGUUUUUUUUUUCUUCCAAAAGAAUGGAACUGUCUGCUCCCACUUUCUUCAUUUUUCAAACCCACUCCUCCUAAUUUAUAUUACACUAACUGACCAACCAAUUCCCAUGCAUGCUCAAUUCCCACAUCUACACCACCAAACAUGUUACCCUUUUCAACUUCCAUCAUUAAUCUCACACUCAAGCUUUAGUUUUAGUUUCAGAGGUUGCUGCUCUCUAACUGCUGAAACCUACAAGGAGGAGAACGUUUUCUAGUUUUGAACCAUGUUUGACAUCUUUUUCGGCUGGCGAAAAGCUUCAAAAUGUAAGAAGCUGAUCAAGCGUGUUCAGUGCCGUCUGAAGCUGCUAAAGAACAAAAGGUUUACAAUUGUGAAACAGCUGCGGGAGGAUCUGGCUCAGCUCAUCAAACUUGGUUAUCAACAAACUGCCUUUAACCGGGCUGAGCAGCUUCUUAAAGAUGAGAAUAUAAUGGCAGUCUAUGAGAUACUGGAUCAUUUCUGUGAAUUUGUCAACAUUCAAUUAUCAUAUAUUCGCAGACACAAGGACUGCCCUAAUGAUAUCAAUGAAGCAGUUUCAAGCCUCAUAUUCGCCUCUGCCAGAUGUGCAGAUCUCCCUGAGCUUCCUGCGGUUCGUAAGCUCUUCGGGGAGCGUUACGGGCAUAGGUUCACGACAGUGGCCGUUGAAUUGCUUCCUGGGAAUCUGGUCAACCGUGAGAUACAAGAAAAACUAUCCCCAAAAUCCGUUUCGGAUGAUAUGAAGUACAGAUUGAUUGAUGAAAUAGCUCGAGAUUACUGCUCACGGCCUGAAAUUUUGGCACUUGAAUACUUCCCCGAAUUGCAAUGCCAGACUUCAGAUGGUAGUGAGAAGGAAGGAAAAUACAUACAAGUUGAUCCAUUGGCAAAGACUGCCACUCAUUUGAUCAGCCAAUGUCACUCUUAUUCCUAUCCAAAUUCUGAUACCAUUGGUGCUUCCCUUACUUGUUCUCCACCAGAUGACAUAAAAGCAGAAAGCCGGAACAUCAGCCGGAUUUGUACAACCACUAGGAAACGAAAGGAUGAUGAUGAAAGGAUAAAAGCACCAUCUUCCUCGGAAAGUUUGCCUCAGUUUUGUGAGGAAGUAGUUGUCUAUUUUGAUGACAUAGAGGAGUUACGCUCUUCCCGGAGAAAAGAAGCAGAUUGUCAAGAUCAGAGACUUUUCAAGUUCAAGUCACUGAGCAUGCCAACUAAAGGAGUGGUUGUGGAUGGCACCGACGGUGAUGAUGAAAGUUAUACGGAUAAUGUAGAGGAUGAGAAACCAAGCUCAAAUGCAAACAAUUCAAGGCGGAGGUCCUUUUCUCUUGAACCUUCAAGCAUGAAGGAUGUUGAUCACCAGCUAUAUUAUGAGAACCACAAGCAUCAAUCUCAUCACUACAGGAAACACCAGAAGAAAACAGUAGCAGAAAGGAAAGAAGCAACUUAUGUGCUGAAGAGAUCGAAACAACCUGGCUGCACGGAAUUGAGGGGUGACAUUCAGGCUAAUACUUUGAACAGUGAAGUAAAAACCUGCAGCUUGGAAAACCCAUGUUACAAUUGUAGUUUUGAUGACAGAGAAGAAAAGGCCCCUCCAGUUAGUGAUAAAGGAGGAAUUUUGGAUGAAAAGUUUUGCCAUUGCCGAUGUUCUUCCAACGACGAUACUAGAUGUAUUAGAAUGAAAGAGAGUAGUAGUCCUACUCGGAAUCUGAGGAGAAGAAGCUACGACGAUGGUGCAAGUGUGUAUGGAGUUUUCACCUUGCCCAAAUUGGAAAAGGAAGAAAGCAUAGGGAAAGUGAAGGGAAAUGUGGGUGCUUCCCAUACGAGAAAAGGAACAGGUGGUCCUUAUUUGAGGGCCACGACAAUGCCACAAGAAAGGCCAAGAGAGAUUCACAGGUACAGCAUUCUUCGAACCAAUUCAAUGUCGAUUCACAACCCUAAUCACGUUCACCCUAAGCUGCCAGAGUAUGAAGACAUAGCAGCCAAAUUCAUGGCUCUCAAGAAGGAGCAUCUGCUACAUAAGCAGUGAUGAAGUAACCAACUGUUUAUUUUUCUUUCGCAUUGAAAGAUUCUCUAGUAUUCUUUUUGUUCUCCUGUUAUACCAUAUGAUGAUGAUAUGGAGAGUUAUUGUUUCAAUUAAAUCCAGGACACAGUAAUUUGUUGUUAGAGAAGGGUGCAAUUGCUGAGAAUGAAGAAGCCUUAUAAUUUGUUAAAAUAA